AUGUCCCAGAGAAUCGGUAACUCCACGCUCGCCCUAACGAGGGUCUGGCAUCACGUGGAUAUGGCCGCCGAUCCCAGAACCUUGGGUCGUUUGGCCGCCAGCAUAGCCUUGACUUUGCAAGGCAAGCAUAAACCCACCUUUUCUCCAAACAGAGACCAUGGAGACUACGUGGUGGUGACCAACUGCUCCCACAUGAAGGUGACGGGUAACAAGAUGUCGGAUAAGACCUACUGGUCGCACACGGGAAGACCGGGCUCGUUGAAGCUCGUUCCUAUGGAGAGAAUGAUCGCCAACAUGGGUUACGGUGAGAUCUUGAAGAGAGCCGUGAAGGGCAUGAUUCCAAAGAACAAGCUUAGGCUCGCCAGAAUGGACAGACUCAAAGUUUUUGAUGGCCACGAGCACCCAUACGGUCAGAACUUGAUUGCGCAUGCCGAUGAGGUGCCAGACAUGAAGAAGAAGAUCGCUGAGUUGGAGCGCCAGGAGGCCAUUUCUGCCGAGCUCCGGAAGAGCUACCUCUCCAAGUGA